GAGAGACAGAAGUUAUUUCUCUCAUGGGUUCUCCUGAUCUGAUCAAGGAGGAGAAAUGUAUUUCAAACAAGUUGGUAUUAACAACCACGGCUGGCUGUGACAGACUGAACCACCUGUGGAUCGAUCAAACGUGUCACUCUUCACGUCAACGUCACAAUCCUGAGAAAUGUUUGGCUGCCACCAACAAAACUGUAGACUUUUUUGUGUAUUUAAUUUUUUUUUUUUAAGAAUCACAAAAUUCCACUUUUCCAACAUUAUUUUAACAGUUCAAAACAAAGGGGAAAAAAAAUAUAUAAAAUGAACACAAUUGUGUUAUUUUUCCUCUGAAGUUCUCACGAUCCCUCAGUUUUAUCUCAUGACCCAGCUGCUGAUUCUUUAUGCAAUACUGUAUUGUAGUAUUGUGUAUGACUAAAAAAUGAUCUCAAGCUGUUACACAUUGAUGCAUCAAAAUUAAUUAUCUAAUCUUACUUUACAUACAUUCAACUACAGUUUGCUGGUAAUAUCUCUGUACUUUUACUUUUUUAAAUGAGGGACUUUUACUUGUAAUGUCUUUUUGAAAGGUUUUUACAUUGUUGUAUUUGUACUUUCUCUACCAGUAUCUUAGACGGAAGUCCAACUGGUCUGCAACUCAACACCAGAACGGUACUUUGGCUCCAUCAUGUGCUCAUAAACAGUCUGACAAGUACCGUCAGCUGUUUUUAACCAGGAAAAGAAAAGUGAACAGAAUCAGAGGAAGAGUUAGAGAAACAUCAGCAAAGUCUGAGGAGCCAAGAAAUAUUUUACAACUAUACACUUUGAUGUUUUCAAAUGUGGAGCAGGUUUUAACUGAGGCUUCGAUGUUAAAGAGGAAACAAAGUUCAGAUUGACAGAGCUGCUCCUCGUCCUGGACUGAGUCACAGCUCCAUCAGCCCUCCAUCUUCUUCCUCCUCUCACACAGCAGCUCCACUCUGUCACUAGAUUUCCUUGUUUCCUCCCCUUCAGAUCUGCAGUUUGUGGUUGGCUGUAACUCAGCUGACAGGUUUCAUUCUCUGCACAAUCACACCCUGUUCAGAUCAGAGUUCAGACUAGUUUCAGUGAUCAGGAAGUGAAGCUCAGACAGUCGUUGUCACUGAGAGGUGAAAUGGAGCAGAAAGCAGUUCAGCUGGACCGAGAGACUUUCUCUUGUCCGAUCUGUUUGGAUCUACUGAAGGAUCCGGUGACUACUCCCUGUGGACACAGCUACUGCAAGAACUGUAUUAAAGACCACUGGGACACAGAGCAUGAGAAGAGGAUCUACAGCUGCCCUCAGUGCAGGAAGAGCUUCACACCGAGGCCUGAGCUGCUGAAAAACACCAUGUUAGCAGCUUUAGUGGAGCAGCUGAAGAAGACUGGACUCCAAGCUGCUCCUGCUGAUCACUGCUAUGCUGGACCUGAAGAUGUGGCCUGUGAUUUCUGCACUGGGAGGAAACUAGCAGUUAAGUCCUGUCUGGUCUGUCUGGCCUCUUACUGUGAGAAACACCUCCAGCCUCAUUAUGAAUCAGCUACAUUUAAGAAACACAAGCUGGUGGAGCCGUCAGAGAAGCUCCAGGAGAACAUCUGCUCUCGUCACGAUGAGGUGAUGAAGAUGUUCUGCCGUACUGAUCAGCAGUGUAUCUGUUAUCUCUGCUCUGUGGACGAACAUAAAGGCCACGACACAGUGUCAGCUGCAGCAGAGAGGACUGAGAGGCAGAGAGAGCUGGAGGGGAGUCGACACAACAUCCAGCAGAGAAUCCAGGACAGAGAGGAAGAAGUGAAGCUGCUUCAACAGGAGGUGGAGGCCAUCAAUGGCUCUGCUGAUAAAGCAGUGGAGCACAGUGAGAAGAUCUUCACCCAGCUGAUCCGUCUCAUGGAGAAAAGACGCUCUGAUGUGAAGCAGCAGGUCAGAUCCCAGCAGGAAACUGAAGUGAGUCGAGUCAAAGAGCUUCAGGAGAAGCUGGAGCAGGAGAUCACUGAGCUGAAGAGGAAAGACGCUGAGCUGAAGAAGCUCUCACACACAGAGGAUCACAACCAGUUUCUACACAACUACCCCUCACUGUCAGCACUCAGUGAGUCUACACACUCAUCCAGCAUCAACAUCCGUCCUCUCAAGUACUUUGAGGAUGUGACAGCAGCUGUGUCAGAGGUCAGAGACAAACUACAGGACGUCCUGAGAGACACAUGGACCAACAUCUCACUGACAGUGACUCAAGUGGAUGUUUUACUGUCACAACGAGACAUGACCAGAGCUGGAUUCUUAAGAUAUUCAUGUGAAAUCACACUGGAUCAAAAGACAGCACACGCAUAUCUGUUAUUAUCAGAGGGGAACAGAAAAGCAACAAGAAUGAGUCAACAACAGUCUUAUUCUGAUGAUCCAGACAGAUUCACUGUGUGGAUUCAGGUCCUGAGUAGAGAGAGUCUGACUGGACGUUGUUACUGGGAGGUGGAGUGGAGAGAAGGAGGAGUUGGUGUAGCAGUCGCAUACAAGAAUAUCAGCAGAGCAGGGAACUCAUAUGAAUGUAGAUUUGGAUUCAGCGACAAAUCUUGGAUGUUAUAUUGUUCCACAGACGGUUAUCACUUUUGGUACAACAAAGUCCAAACUCCCGUCUCAGGUCCUGAGUCCUCCAGAGUUGGAGUGUACCUGGAUCACAGUGCAGGUAUUCUGUCCUUCUACAGCGUCUCUGACACCAUGACUCUCCUCCACAGAGUCCAGACCACAUUCACUCAGCCGCUCUGUGCUGGACUUCGGUUGUACUUGCCUCCCGGAGGCUCUGCUGAGUUUUGUAAACUCAAAUACUUAACAGGGCGGCUCGCAAGAACAACCUGCACCUGCAGCGAGACGCUGGUGCGUCUGGAGAGGGAGAAGCUGGUGGUGCUGCGGGGGAUAGAGGGCCAACUCGAACGACAAACUGCCCUGCAGGAAGAGAUGGUCCGAAUAAAGCAGGAGAGGUUGGAGCUGCACCGGAGACAGCUGGCGCUUGCCGAGGCGCAGUUCAACCGUCCCUCCAUCUCGGUUCCAAUCAUCCUUCCCCAGGAUUCAGCACGGAUCCACCAGGGAGGGAUUGUGGAUAGGAAUGAGGGUGCCAUCCACCACACCGAUCACCCGGGGGAUCCCAGCCACUGCGUGGAACCCUUGGUGGACCUGGCGGACCUCGUCCCGUGUGGUGGGCAUCUUUAUGAUUCAUUCGCUGCACAAACACACCCUGUUCAGAUCAGAGCUCAGACUAACUUCCGUUAUCAGGAAGUGAAGCUCAGACAGUCGUUGUCACUGAGAGGUGAAAUGGCGCAGAAAGCAGUUCAGCUGGACCGAGAGACUUUCUCUUGUCCGAUCUGUUUGGAUCUACUGAAGGAUCCGGUGACUGCUCCCUGUGGACACAGCUACUGCAAGAACUGUAUUAAAGACCACUGGGACACAGAGGAUGAGAAGAGGAUCUACAGCUGCCCUCAGUGCAGGAAGAGCUUCACACCGAGGCCUGAGCUGCUGAAAAACACCAUGUUAGCAGCUUUAGUGGAGCAGCUGAAGAAGACUGGACUCCAAGCUGCUCCUGCUGAUCACUGCUAUGCUGGAGCUGAAGAUGUGGCCUGUGAUUUCUGCACUGGGAGGAAACUGAGAGCAGUUAAGUCCUGUCUGGUCUGUCUGGCCUCUUACUGUGAGAAACACCUCCAGCCUCAUUAUGAAUCAGCUACAUUUAAGAAACACAAGCUGGUGGAGCCGUCAGAGAAGCUCCAGGAGAACAUCUGCUCUCGUCAUGAUGAGGUGAUGAAGAUGUUCUGCCGUACUGAUCAGCAGUGUAUCUGUAUUUUGUGCUCCAUGGACGAACAUAAAGGCCACGACACAGUGUCAGCUGCAGCAGAGAGGACUGAGAGGCAGAGAGAGCUGGAGGGGAGUCGACACAACAUCCAGCAGAGAAUCCAGGACAGAGAGGAAGAUGUGAAGCUGCUUCAACAGGAGGUGGAGGCCAUCAAUGGCUCUGCUGAUAAAGCAGUGGAGCACAGUGAGAAGAUCUUCACCCAGCUGAUCCGUCUCAUGGAGAAAAGACGCUCUGAUGUGAAGCAGCAGGUCAGAUCCCAGCAGGAAACUGAAGUGAGUCGAGUCAAAGAGCUUCAGGAGAAGCUGGAGCAGGAGAUCACUGAGCUGAAGAGGAAAGACGCUGAGCUGAAGAAGCUCUCACACACAGAGGAUCACAACCAGUUUCUACACAACUACCCCUCACUGUCAGCACUCAGUGAGUCUACACACUCAUCCAGCAUCAACAUCCGUCCUCUCAAGUACUUUGAGGAUGUGACAGCAGCUGUGUCAGAGCUCAGAGACAAACUACAGGACGUCCUGAGAGACACAUGGACCAACAUCUCACUGACAGUGACUGAAGUGGAUGUUUUACUGUCAAACCCACAACCAGAGCCGAAGACCAGAGCUGACUUCUUAAGAUAUUCAUGUGAAAUCACACUGGAUCCAAACACAGCAAACACACUUCUGUUAUUAUCUGAGGGGAACAGAAAAGCAACAAGAAUGAGACAAAAACUGUCUUAUUCUAGUCACCCAGACAGAUUCACUGGGUGGCCUCAGGUCCUGAGUAGAGAGAGUCUGACUGGACGUUGUUACUGGGAGGUGGAGAAGAGAGGAGACGGAGUUGGUGUAGCAGUCGCAUACAAGAAUAUCUGCAGAGCAGGGUGGUCAGAUCAAAGUUUAUUUGGAUUCAAUGACAAAUCUUGGAGGUUAUUUUGUUCCACAAAUGAAUAUAACUUUGAUUACAACAAAGUCCAAACUCCCGUCUCAGGUCCUCAGUCCUCCAGAGUUGGAGUGUACCUGGAUCACAGUGCAGGUAUUCUGUCCUUCUACAGCGUCUCUGACACCAUGACUCUCCUCCACAGAGUCCAGACCACAUUCACUCAGCCGCUCUAUGCUGGACUUCUGUUCUGCUUGUCUGGAGACUCUGCUGAGUUUUGUGAACUCAAAUAGACUGAAGUCAUUUCAGGGUCAGUGGGUUAAAUUGUGUGUUUCAUUUCUUCAGACUUGUGAUAUGAGAUUAUUGAUCAACAUUUAUGUAAAGAUGACUGAAGAUUGUAUCUGAGUUGAUUUGUGAAAAUAGACGUGAAAAUUAAGUGUCCAGGGGUUAUUAUUUAGAGUUUAAGUUACGUUUUCUCUUCUCAUGCUGCUGAUUUAAUUCCUAAAAUGUGCAUAAAGUAUUUUGGGUGAAUGUGUAAAAUUGUCUUGUACAGUUGUUUUUUUGCAAAUUAUACACUAAGAUGACACAAUAAACCAAAUAUGAACGAUU